CUCUAUGCAAUAGAGGAGCACGAGGAGCGAUCUGAACAGACGGAGCCUGACGCAGAGACGGAGACGGCCUACGAUGCGGAUGUGGAUGAGAUGGGUGAGCAGCCGUCGGAGCACCAGCCGCUGUCGCUGAGCAAAUUGGCCAGCGAGCGAGAGGUGAUCUACGAGCUGUUCCAACCGUGGGCGCUCAAGACCUACGGGGAUCAGGCAAAGACCAAGACGAUAACGCUGCGCAAGAAGGUGCGCAUCCUGAAGGCGCUCGAGGGCAAAGAGCACAGCCGACCAGACAGCUCCAAGUUUCGCUUCUGGGUGAAGACAAAGGGCUUUACGACCAAGCGUCCAGAGGGCUUUGAGGAAGCGCCUGGCAGUCGACGUCGUUGCGAGCCCUUGUCCAGCACGGCUGUGCUCUCUGACAAUCCCGGCGCUGUGGAUCUGUUCGCCGCCUCCAAGAGCAAGGACUUCGGUCGUCGCAUCUACCGAAAGGUGGCCUGCGUUGAGGAGUUCUUCGACAUCAUUUACAAUGUGCACAUGGAGCUGGGCGGACGCAGUGGCAUGCACGCGGGACAGAAGCGCACCUAUCGCAUUGUGAGUAUAACCGAAACAUAUGCAUUUCUGCCCCGCGAGGCAGUCACUCGCUUCCUGACCAUCUGCCCCGAGUGCAAGAAGAAUCUGCGCCCCUCCUCGCCCUCGGCCGCCUCCAAGGACGAUCUGGCCGGCAACGAGAGCUCCUCGGAAGUGGAAACCUAUGUGAACUACUCCUCGCACACGGAGAGCUCUCUGGAGGCGGGGCCCACGGCCAAGCGUCGGCGUCACUCGAGCGCCGAGCUCAAGGCGCAUGCAGCGCUGGCGGCUGCCACCGCCGGUGGUGCGGCGGCGAGCAGCGCCAGUGCCAGCCACUUGGAUGCCAUUGCACCACCGCCCCCAACAAGUCCCAUCGCUGCGCCGCUCGCUGAGGCGGCUGCCGCGGCAUCCGUUGAGGUGGGCGUGCCCAAGAUACGAGUCAAGCCCCAGUUGCAGCGUCCGUUAAGUCCGCCCGUGGAGCCACAGGCUCCACCACAGUCCGUCCCACAGCUGCCCGGCGUCGACUUGCAGCUGCUCAAGUCCCGAGAUAAUCUUGUCCGCUAUUACGAUUUCAUGAGACGCUUCUAUGCUGGCGGCUCGCUGUUGCCUCAACCGGUCUUAGCGCCGCCCCUCUACGGCAGCAGUCUGCUGCAGAGUCUCAGCUAUCCUACAGCACCAGCCACCACCAGUAGCAGCAGCAGCAGCAGCACCACUACCACUAGCGACUUCGUCUGGUGCACGCUCACCCACGGCCACGCCCACCGCCUCAGCUGCAGCCGCGGCAACAGCUCCUCAUACACCCAUCAAUCUAACGAAAUCUUCAUUUUCCAGCUCCAGAAACGGCCAGGCCCCGACCACAUCCACGCCUCUUUCUGCUGCACCGCUCAAGCUGGAGCUGCCUAG